CAAUCGAGGUCAGAAUGGCGUUCAAGCUCAAGGGCUGAGCGCUUUUAGAAAUUCAUAGCAACAUGGAAGUCCUGUACUGUGAUUCUUUCCUGCACGAGGCGGCUGCAGAUCAUGUUGACGAGGUUCUGUUCAAGAAACCUGUGAUUGUCAGCGCGUGCCACAUUGUGCCCAAGGACGGCAACCCAGAACCGGAGCUCCUGGAAUUCUUCAGUCUGACAUCUCCGCCACCCUUUAACCUCCAAGUCUUCUACCACAAUGGCGACCAAAACGCCAGCCACUUUCAGAAGUUGGGCCCACAGAUAUCCUGGGUGGCUGACGGUGGCAAGGAAUCAAUUGAUCCGCAGCCUGUGGUCACGCGCCACCUCGUGUUCCGUGGCAACUACCAGAACCUGUCACUCAUCAUCUACGGCGCCACCAUUCCUGAUGAAGCGGAUGCAACUGGGGCAAAGGCUGCCAACGCCGCAAACCCUCUUCUCAUAGAUGCCGCCCCCUCGUUUGUCGCAAAGAGAGCCACUAGCGGGCUGCGGGCCCUUGCUCUCUCACCCCCGGAAGCCGGCAGAACGUCCUGGCUUCUGCCGCUGCUACAAGCAGGGGAAGCAUGGGAGCAGUCAGGUCGGCCAGAGUUGGGCCCCCGGGGCACCCAUUGGUCCCUCUCGAGUAUCGCAGAAGCGGCAAGUCAAGUCGAGGCAGCAAGUUUGGGCGCAGUCUUUGGGGGCGAGGCGGAGGGCCCUGCUGACGUUUCCGGUAGUGGUCAACUGGCCAGCGCGGAGUACGGGGACGGUUCGGCAGCGGGGGAGACGGCAUGGGAGAGUGGGGUGCAGGUCGCGAUCCGGUGGCUCGCGGAAGGGGGCUCCAUGUUGCCUGCGGGCCUGUGUGCAGGCCUGGUGGCGUGUUCCCAUGUCACGACGUGCUAUCGGUUUUUGGCUUACGGAGGGGCCGCCCUGCUUAUUGAUCUGCUGGCCCGUGAGCAGAUGUCGCCAGCGGUCAAGCUGCGGGUCCUGGCUUGCCUCAGCCGCGUCACCAGCCACGGGUUUGGCUGUGAGGCACUUCUGGGCUGGUGGCUGCCCGGCGCCACCUCGGGUGGAAUAAGCGGCCCAGCAAAGACGGGGGCUGAAGCCAAACCUGAGCCGAUGGAGGUUGAUGGGGAAGACGGGGAAAAGCGACGUGGAGUGAAUGGGCAAUCGCAGGGGUCGAGCAAAUUGCGGGGGCCAAGUAAGGCGUACGGAGCGCUUCUCUCUGUUCUCCUGAAACCCCAGCCCCGCCGGACAGCCCUCUUCGCAGCGCGGCUCCUCAAGCGGCUGAGGCUGUAUGAGCUGGUGUCUGACUUCAACCAAAUUGGACGGGAGAUCCUUCUUUCUGACGAGGAUCAGCAGUUUCGCCGGCACGCUGGUGCAAGCAUCCGUAUGGCAGCAAACCUACUGCAGGAGAUUGUCUCUGUUGUCACUGAGGGGGACACGGCACUGGGAGAUUGGCCCCCGCCGAUGGCAUCUUUGUCGACCAGCGUCGAUCUCAACGAAGUCUCUUUGGCAAGAGCACACGGGCCGGAGACGGGCGAUGCGAGCGAUCCUGCACUGUGGGCUCUCUUGAAAGACCGGCAGCUUCUGGGGAUGCUCGCAGCGCUCUUGGCGUCUCCCGUCGUUAGGAGAGCGCAGCGGGGAACGGUGCGGGCGGCUGCGGGGCUCGUGGGUGCCACCUGGGCGCUGGCAGUUCCGAUGCUGGAGACGCGGGCGGGGCUACUGUUUCUUGGGGAGCAGCCCGCCUCGGUGCGCGCUCUUGUGAUUGCACUCGAGGGCAGUGCCAGCAAGCAGGACCGAAACACCACGCUGGAGCACGAAAGGGCGGUCCCGCAGCGCCAGCUGGCGACCAUGCUUGCAAUUGGGGCUACGGAGCUGUGCAGCGGGUGCCAGCUGGCGCGCCUGCUCGGGGAGGGGGUGCGGGCUGUUAGCUUGCUCGACGCGCUCCUGGCAGCAGCUAAGGUGCUCACUGCCGCAGGGGGCCAGCAUCAGGCUGGAGAAGAGAGGGGCGGGGCGAGUGAACAGAGCGUGCGGGAGGCUUCCCUUGAGGCCUUGUCAGCGGCCAAGGAGCUCAGCCAGAUGGCGGCUUCCGAGUCGAGUCGGCAGGCGGUGGUGGCGGUUCUGAGCCUCCCAGAGGCGCUGCCGGGCCUGCUCCAGCUGCUGAUGCACCAGGCCCCUGAAGCCUCGCAUCUGCCCAGUGCGACGGACGAGAGCCCUGUGCCCGAGGCGUCCAUCCUGCCACACUACAUUGGCCUGAUCCUCUUAGCCCUGCUCACCGACCCCAGCCCCGCCGCCCUUGCUGUCUCCGCCCCACAGGGCCUCCACCUGCAGGCUGCUAUCGCGGCGCAGGGCAUGCAGCCCUCGUCCCACACUCCCGUUCCCGAGUCCGACGCCUCGGUCUACCCGCUAACCAGCGUCCUCACCAGCUGGAGUGCGCCCACCGUAGUCUGGAAGAAAGAAGGGCCGCUCGCGUUGCUGCAGCUGCUGGCCCUGCUGACGGGCCUCCGGAAGGGCCCCGCUGCGGAGCUGGGGUUCAACUUGCAGGGGUACCACCUGGCGCACGCGCCCGACGAUACGGACCUAGGGCUGGCGGCCAAAGACGAGCUGGAAAGGGCACUGCUCGCGUCCCCUGCGGCGGCCGCAAACGCCACGGUGGCGCUGCGAUUGCUGGCCGCCCUGGCAGUGCAUCCGGCCGUAUCUGCAACGCUGUACGAUGCGGGCGGGGUAGAGGUGCUGCUGCAGGUGUUCGCACAGGCUGCCCAGGCUCUAGACGAUCUGCCCACCUACUUUGAUGUGCCUGCGGACCACGUGGAAGCUGGCGCCAUUGCCGAGCUUGCGGAGGCCCAGCAGGAGCGGCGCAUCUUGCUGCUGCUGCUGCCUGCGCUUUCCCUCACCACCCUGCUGCUCACAAAGCUCCAGUCUUCUGGCGUCCAGUACCGCAACACGCCCCUGGUGACUGCCCUGCUGACGCUCAACUCGGCCCUCAGCUCCCGCCCUGCGUACACUGCGGACGUCCUGAAGGUCUCCCCGUCCGGCAACACCCUGCUCCUGCACGCGGUGCGCCAGGGCCUGGCGUCCGUGGUCGCCUUCUGGGCGGUCGACGCCCGGUGGGGCCCCGCUUUGCUGCCGAAGCUGCUGGCGGCUCUGCCCCAGGAGGCAGGGACGGUGGCCGGGGAGGCGCCCCGGGCGGUCCUGGGGCUUCUGCAACUGCUGGCGGACAUUCUCCCCGAGGAGUACCCUCCCGCCCCCGCGCACGCCCACUCGCUGCGCGCGCUGCACGACGGCCUACCCGUCAUUGCGGCCGGCAGCGUGCUGGGCCCCGCCAGCGCAGGCCUGCACACGUGGAGCCACAAGCAGGGCGAGAAGCUGGCCAAGGCGCUGGCGCUGCAUGUCGAGGCACUGGGGGCCAGCAUGGGCCGACUCGCUCUCACGUCGUGCCAGCCCCUUCAAGAGGCGCUUGCCCGCCUCUCGUCACGCGUGUGCGCCUUGGGGGCCGACCACAGCCAGGCCCUGACGCGCCACCUGUACGCCCCGCUCCAGUCCGCCAUCUCCGACUUCCUCGCCGACGCACCUGGCCCCGACGAGGCCUCCCCUCCGGAGCGGGACGCACGCGGCUGGCGUCUCGUCCGCGCCCUAAAUCUCUUGGGCUAUCUCGUGCAAAGCCCUGCAGUAAAAGCCGGGCUCCAAGCGCUGCCCGUCGCUGCGCAGAUGACGUCUUUGCUGAGGUCAGCGGGCGUCCCGGCGGCUCUCGGCGCGCGCCUUGGGAUAGGCUCCCUGGGGGUGCUGCAGAAUCUGGUGAACCCUGCGGUGUGCCUGACGCCGCAGGCCCCCGAGGGGCAGCGAAUGGUGGAGGCGGCGCCCCCCCACGAGCAAAGCCAGGCGGUGGCAGCGGCCCUGCUGGAGACUGUCUCGACACUGCACGUGAAGGACGGGAGAAUGGCGGCAGCACUGCGGGUGCUGGGCCUCCUAGCAGGGAACGACCGGGGAAGAAACGCGAUUGCGACGGUGGCUUGGAAAGGUGGGGAUGCGACUUCGGACGUUGAGCCCAUGGACGAAGGAGUCGGGAGCAAAGGCGCGUUCACACUGCUCUGGGAGGCCCUGGCGGCAGCUCUGACGAGCAGUGUGAAGGCGUCUGGUGGCUCGGAGCUUGGCAAGCUGCUGGGGUCUGCAGCAGGGGUGGGGCUGGCGCUAGCGGAUGGAGGGAAGAGCGAGCAUGGCAGGAGGGCGCUCCGGCGCUUGUUUGAAGGGGCGAACUUUGUGGGAGGGCCAGUGCAACAGGUGGUGACACUGCUAGGGGAGGUGGUGCACACCAUUCAGGGACCCUCCGCAAAGAGUGUCAAAAAGGACUUCAGCCUGUCCUCCUCCCUGGCGGACGUCUUAACCUCUGUCGGAGCAGAAGCAGCGCCCAGCCCAGAGGCUGCGCUCGCAGAACUGACAGCGCAGGCUGCUGCCUUUGACGCGCCCCGGGACCUGACCGAACAAUUUGAGGAGGCGGCAGCGGCCCGCGCGGCGAAAGCCAAGCUGGAAGAAGGGCCCAACCGCGUCGCUUUACGGCCAGGCGCCUCUCCCCGGGACAAUGUGAAUGGGGACGGGGAGUGGACGCGCUCGCUGGAGGGCUGGGUGUCGUUCAAGGAAGAAGGGAGUAUUCGCAUCGAGCAGCGCCCCCAGGACCAGGCCUGGAGCGAACGCGUGCCCUGGCAGUACAGCACCGACAUCGUAUGGCCCCCCGCCCCAAAGCCGAGCCUCAAGCGGAAAGCCGAGGGGGACGCAAAUGAAGCGCAAGCGAAGAAACAGACGGCUGCGCAGACAGCGGCGCAGGCAGCGGCCGCAACGCUCGCCGCCCGAAAGGACCCGUUCCGGGCACGGAGGCAGAACACGGGGCGCCCGCCGUCGAUGCACGUGGACGACUUCAUGGCGCAGAAGGGCGGCGCGGUGGCGGUCCCCGCGCAGGCCACGGCGGCGCGCAUUCACACCGGCGGCCGCGCGCCCAGCAUCCGGGUGGACGACUUCAUGAAGCUCGAGAGUGAGAAGGGCCGCACCGUGGUCGGGGCGCCGCUGCAGCCGGCCGCGGAACCAGGGGCCGUGCCGCUGGUGACGUCAGCAGGGGCCAAGCCCGUGGUGGUGCGGGCGCCGACCGCCGCAGUCGUCAGACUGGCGGGCCAAGCCGCGGUGGUCAAGCCGCGGGUCGACCCCGCAAAGGUGGUUGUCAGCCAAGCGGCCCCAACUGGGGCGAAACCGGAAGCGAGAGCCGUGCCAAUGCGGCCACCAGGGGCUCAUCUGCAGGCUCCCGCAAGGCCUGUUCAGCCGCCCCCUCCACAGCAGCCGGCUCGAGCGCCGCUGCCCCCAAUGGUGCGGCCCCCCAUCCAGUCGGCAUACAUUCCCCUGCCCAGCCCCACGCCUCCCUCGCCAGCGCCCAAGCCCGUUCCGGCGGCCUGGCCCAAACCACUGCACGAGGUCGCGCAAACAGCAGACCGCGCCUCUGCCGACAAGCCCCAGCCGUUCAAGUCCCCGCAGCCAGUGCCAGCCCCGCCCCAGAGUCAGGCGUCCUUUGCAGACCCGCGUCGGCAACCGCCGAUGGCUGCGUCCCCAGCAGAGACGUCUCUACGAGGCCCAGCGCCCCCGUCAGCCGACCCAAGGCGGGCUACAGCGCCCCAGCAGCAGUCUUUCGACCCCAGAAGAAGCGCCGCGCCUCAGCCCGAGGCCGGCCCCAGCGCAGAUCCUCGGCGAGCGGCCAUGCAAGCUGGUGCCCCGACUCAGGCGCAGCGACCCGAGGCUCCCUCCCAGCCCCCGGCCCACGAUUCCCGGAGAGCCGCCUCCGGAGUCCCAGCCCUGCCGACCGCGGAUCCCCGCCGGCGCGCGGACCCUCGCCUCAUGGGCCGUUCGGAUUCUUUCGGCGCCGCCAGCCCGCCCGUGCCGGUAGCUCCAGGUUGGCAGAAGCAGCCCUCGCCGGGGGGUGGCGUGCAGGCCCAAAGGGGCCCCCAACAAGCGUACGGGCAAAGCAUGCCGUCUCAGCAGCAGCCCAGCCCGGGCAUUUCCCAGGCACAGGCCUGGCCAACGCAGCAGCAACCCCGGUAUGGCGGCCAGGGGGCCGCGCCGGUUGGGGUACAAUCGCAGCAGAUGCAGCCCGCCGCUGCACAGGGAGGCGCGCCCCAGGGUGCGCAGGCGGGGCCGUCGGCUCCCCGGCCUGUCCAGGCGAAGACGACGGAGAUGAUGGGGAAGCUGCAGGAGAUCUUGAAACAACCAGGCUUCAUCCAGGGGCUGCUGAAGGACAGGGCCAAGAUGGCAACCUUCCUGGCGGCCAAUCCCGCCAUCGUGCCCAUGCUCAAGAACAUGCUGGCGCAAAUGGGAAAGAAGAGCAUGUAAGUACGGCAGGAAGCUGCACCGCUGCUGUUGCAGCACCUCGCGCAUGGAUUGAAGGGCAAGGCUCGCUGUGUAGGUCGCUUUCGUGCGUAUUGCGACAUUGGCAGACGUCUUGGGGACGUCGACAUCGACUCGCAAGCAGGCUAAACGGCUCACGUAUGGAUCAAUAAAGGAUCAGACGAGAUGCUUCGAGGCAAUUGGGACUCAGCCUGCGUAAAUCAUUGCCGCGGCAAAACGUAUUCGCCUU